AUGUGUAUAACAAUAAGGAUCAUUUUAGCGGUCUUUUUGCCGGCGUCUCUCUUCCUCUCAAUCCUAUUCCCCAAUCCAUCCAAUGGAGUGAGUGGACACACCUCUCCCUUCCGAUACCUGCUAUCGCUCUCAAUCCCGGCUUUCAUCGGUUGGAAGGCUUUAAACAAGAAGUCACUCGACUUGAGUGGUUUCAUCACCUGUAAGACAUAUCAUCACUCAAUUUAUACAAUGGUGUGUGGAUUUGUGCUAACAUUAAGCAAUUAUUGCUUUACGGUAUCACUUCUGGUAUUCUUCGUGAGCUCUUCGAAGGCAACAAAGUAUAAAAGCGAACGAAAGCGCGAAAUAGAAGUGGAUUACAAAGAAGGCGGACAACGGAAUUGGGUUCAAGUGAUCAGCAAUGGAGGUGUGGCCACACUAUUAGCCAUUUUCUAUUUGCUUCAGAAC